GAACAGUGCUGGCAAGGCUUGCUCACACACGCAGCCACACACGUACAGUCUCUCUCAUACAGGGAACACAGUCAAUGCUCCCCCCCUCCCGAUAGGAACACACUCUUGCGCGCACUCUCUUAUACACACACACAUACCCUUCCCUCUCAUGCACAGGCGCUCACAAACUCUCCGGCCACACGCACACACCUUUGAACUCCCCAGCAAACUGGCGGGUGUAGCUGGCAUCCUGCAUGCCAGUGCCCUGAUGUCACACACCAGUGGGGGAAGUCUGCAGGAGUUGCCGUAGGGACAGCUGGAUGAGGAGGGCAGCUGCUCUUGGAAGAGGACUAACUGCUGCUGCCUCUCUCUUUCUGCCCUACCCCCCCUUCUCUUUCCUCUCUCAGACGUCCGUCCGGGCACCAGAUGCUGUGGCUGUUGCUGCUGCUGCUGCUGCUGCCCAAGGCGUGGGCCCCUGGGCAGGCACAUCUGCAGACGGUGUUCGAGGAUGACAGAUGCAACCGAACAGACUGGCAAAGGAAUUCAGGAGUGGAAGGAGUGUCUGAUGAGAAAGGACACCUCCUGAAUGUGAGCAUCAGCAACGGGGGCCACUCUGACUCCCUCUUCUUGACCUGGGAAAAACCCUUGGGAGGUGUCCAGAGCUUCUCACUAUCUCUUUACGACCUAGAGACAGGCUCUCUGCUGCAGAAUGGAUCAGCUGGUCUCAACACCACCAGUUUUGACUUCCAGGGCUUGCUUCCUGGGACGCAAUACAGCGUUGAAGUCACUGCAUUGUCAGUCUGUGCGUGGAACUACAGUAGGAGAGUCACUGGGCAGACAGUUCCUGCCCCUGUGAGGGAUGUGAUCCUCAGCCACGACGGCCCUUCCGUGUUACUAGCCUCCUGGAGCAAAGCCCCCGGUGGGAAAGAUGGCUAUCAGCUGGUUCUCUACCACCUAGACUCACAGGCACCUGUUAGGAAUGUGACCCUCCCAAAACAUGCUACCACCUUCCGCUUUGAGAGGCUUCUACCUGGCAGCGAAUAUGCCGUGCAAAUCACCACGCUGGCUGGAUAUUCUAAAGCAAGCACCAGUGCACGUCAGUGGACAGCCCCUGUUGUUCCCAAGACAUUGACAUUCCAGAGCAACGGUUCCAGCUCCAGUUUGACUGCCUUGUGGGCCAACUCAGAGGGAGCAGAAUGGCUCCAUCUCACUCUCCAGAACCUCCAUACCACAGCUGAGAGUGCCACAGUGUCACUCAGGAGGGGCCUGUCCAGUUAUACCUUCCAGCAUCUGCAGCCGGGUACCCCCUAUCACCUGGAAGUCAGCGCCACAGCUGGGCUUUUCCUGGUUGAAGGGCCCAAUGCCACUGCUUAUACAUAUCCCACAGCUCCAUCAGGUGGGAGCUUAUCAGGCCAAAGCAAUGCCUACACACUUCAUGCCCACUGGCAAGAGGCGGCUGGGACUGGCUAUGUGACAGCAUUGUACACCAUGGACCCUCCCAUGCUUGUGCAAAACAACUCAGUGCCUAAGGGUUAUUCCAACCUGCGCUAUGAAGGAUUAAGACCAGGCACUCACUAUGCCUGGGAGAUCUGCACUGUUGCUGGGCCCUACAUUUCCCUGCCUCUCCGCCUUACCAACUGGACAUAUCCUUUGCCUCCAGAGCAUCUGAACCUAAGUAAUGAUGGUCAUAGCACAAGGUUACUUAGGGCUUCUUGGCAGAGUCCCUCUGGGGUCAGAGGCCACUAUGCAGGAACUCUCUUGGAAACUAAAUCCCAGAUGGUAAUCAAAAAUGUGACAGUGACAAAGGGAUGGGCAAACAUCACAUUUGAAAGGCUGAUCCCAGGACGUCAGUACAUGCUGAAGAUGAUGGGAGUGGCUGGACCAUACCAAUCUCUUGUCCAAACAGCCAGUGACUGGACAUACCCUUUGCCUCCUUCAGGGGUGACGCUAGCCAGUAGCAAGUGGUCCUCCAGUCUUGUUGCCACUUGGGACCUGGCUUCAGGUGACAGAGAUCAGCUCUUUCUGCGAUUCUACAGCCAGGAGCAUCCCCUGCAGAGGAACAUCACAAUUGGACCGGCCAUGCAGAAUUUCACCUUUGAAGGCCUUCUUCCCGGCAGCCAGUACUUUUUGGAGGUUACAGCUCUGGCGGGACUAUACCGGGCUUCAUCGCAGAUUGUUUCUGCAUGGACAUACCCUUUAUCGCUGGCUAAUGUGAGUGUGAAAUGCAGCCAGAACCCUCAACAGCUGAUUGUGAGCUGGAUGGAGUCAGGAAGAGGACGAGAGUACUGGGUCCAGCUCUACUCGGAUGAAUCCCUGUCCGUUAUCCGGAAUGUAUCAGUGCCACAUGGAACUACCCAGGUGACUCUCAAUAAUCUGGUGCCAGGGACCCAGUACCGGGUUGAGAUUCUCUCCAGAGCUGGACCGCACCACAUUUCCUCACAAGCUGCCAUUGGCUACACAGUGCCCUUGAUACCUCUUGCCCUGCUGGUGACUAGUCAUGGCUCCUCGAGGUUAACUGUGCAGUGGAAGGCCCCAGUUGGUCAGAGAGACAGCUACAUGGUCUCUGUGUCCGAAGAUGGUGCCACAGCUACCAGAAGUCACUUGGCUGUGGAGAAAACCAGCACUAAUCUCACGAUAGAGGGGCUAACCCCAGGUACAUGCUACUUCAUUGCAGUGUGGUCAUUGGCUGGACCCUACAGCUCUGCCUCCCGAAACAGCACAGCCUGCACAGCCCCUGCUGCUCCUGUGAACCUGACCUUGAGAAACCCUGGCAACUCUUCUGUGCUUUACACAUCCUGGGGAGAGCCUCCAGGAGGCAAGGACCACUACCGGAUGGUCCUGUACAGCCUAGUGCCUCCAGGCAUGGAGAGAGUUCAUGUUGUGAGGCCAGGCACUCAGGACUUCCUCUGGACAGGUCUGCCAUCAGGGAGCCAGUUUGCUGUGCAGAUCAUCACAGUGAAGGGUCAAGCUGAGGCCCCCUCUACCAUCGCUGUUGAGUGGACAUCUCCUCUGCCUGCUGCCUCUGUGCAAAUCUGGAAUGAAAGGCGCCCAGACAGGCUGAGUGUGGCUUGGGCAUCAGCCUCUGGUAGAGUGGAUGGCUAUGAGUUGAACUUGUAUCGCUCAGGAUCUGGUACCACAGCAGCACAAGCAUCUUUGGGGAUAGAUGCCGCCAAUUUUACCUUCUCAGGCCUGACACCAGGAGCCAAUUACUUGUUUGAGAUCGUCUCAAAGGCAGGACCCUAUAGGAGUACAGCAGGGAAUGUCAGUGACUGGACAAGUCCUCUACCUCCUCACCUGGUGCAUCUGUCAAACAAAGGGCACACUGACAAGCUGAAUGCUGCCUGGGUAUCCACUGGGGGAGAACAAGAUGGCUAUAUACUGACACUGUAUUAUGCUGGAUCAGGCACUGUGGCAUCUAAGACAUCUGUCAAGGAGGAUAUUACUAAUUUCACCUUCAUAGGCCUGAACCCAGGAACAAAAUACUUGCUAGAAGUUGCUUCGGUGGCAGGACCCUACCGGAUAUCUGCAGAGAAUGUCAGUGACUGGACAUACCCUUUGGUUCCUGGGAAACUCUCCAUCAAGGCUGAGAAGAGAAACCAGGCACAGUCUGUGUCCUGGGCAGAACCCCUCAGCAAGCCAGAGCUCUGCCAGCUGCAGCUGUGGCAUUCGGGCAACAGCACUAUGCUACAGAACCACACUUUAACCCAGUGGCAGGUCCAACAUGUUUUUCAGAGACUGGUUUCAGGGAGAAAUUACUCCGUAUCUCUCAGCUGCAUUGCUGGCCCAUAUAAGAGCAGCUCCAAGAUGGUGGCAAUGCCAGUAGAGCCCACACAGGUGAAGGACCUGCAGUGUCUGCCUGACACCACAAGUAUUGUUCUAAACUGGACCAUCCCUGAAGGUGAUAUUGAGUCUUAUAAGCUGGCAGUGAAGAAGUUUCCAAGAGGAAGCCACCAGCAGUCUGUACUUCCUCUGGCUGUUUCCAGGGCUGACGUCACUCUGGAAGAACUGUCCUCAAACACCUCCUAUCAAAUCAAUGUCAGUGCUGUGGGCAGAAAUGGAAUGAUGGGCCCAGCUGUGACAGUAGUCUGCAACACAUCUGUGGAAGUUCAUCCGCCUCCUGUGCGAGUGGACAUCCCCCAGUUUGAUGCCAGCUCCAGAGUCGUCAUCUCCCCUGAUAUGUUCAGCGAGGAAAAUGGCCUCAUAGAAUAUUAUGGGGUGGUUGUCACCACCAAUGAGUCAUUGCUGAGGCCUACCCAAGACAUCAUCUCCCGCACAUGGUAUGACCACUAUUAUGGGAAGGAAGACUCUUACUUGGCUUUGUUGGUGCCAAACCCAUUUCAUUUCAAUGACAGCACCAGUCCCAAGGCCUGGCCAGUGACAGUGGGUGCAGAGGAAUGCAGCCAUUCUCGAGAGACCUGUAAUGGGAAGCUGAAAGCAGAUGCACAGUACAGGUUCAGCAUUGCUGCAUUCACCAGAUACAGCCAGCGGGCUCCUAAAGUGUCAUUCACAGCAUUCUCAGCAGCAGCAGAUGGCUCAGCAGACUCUGCUGCUGCUUUAUCUGCCCCAGUUGUGGCUGGGAUCAUUAUGGGAUUCCUCGUGACAGUUACAGCUAUUGCUGGAUGGGUUUACUGGAAGCACCUGAGAGCAAGGAGAAUGGAAAAAGGUCACUCCCCCCAAGAAAUGGCCACAUACAGCCUGAGAAAUACCCACCGGCCAAUCCCCAUACAAAGUUUCAGACAAUAUUAUGAGACAAGGGCAGCAAAUUCCAAUCAUGGCUUCUUUCAGGACUUUGAGGAGCUGAAGGAAGUAGGGAAAGAGCAGCCAAAAACAGAAGCUGAGCUUCCUGCCAGCACCUCCAAGAAUCGGUAUCCCCAUGUUCUACCAUAUGAUUACUCCCGAGUGAAACUGAGCUUGCUGGAUGGGGAACCUCACUCUGACUACAUCAAUGCCAACUUUGUGCCAGGUUACAGCUCCCCACAGGAGUUCAUUGCCACACAGGGGCCCUUGAAGAAAACUCUGGAUGAUUUCUGGCGGCUGGUCUGGGAGCAGCAUAUCUGCACCAUUGUUAUGUUGACUGUGGGCAUGGAGAAUGGACGAGUACUUUGUGAAUACUACUGGCCCUCGGACACUUUUCCUGUCUCUUUUGGGCAGAUCAGCAUCCAUCUGCUAGCUCAGAAUUUUGCAGAUGAGUGGACUACACGGGAGUUCAAGCUUCAGCAUGAAGGGCUAAACAUGGAAAGAAGAGUGGCCCACCUGCACUACACAGCAUGGCCUAAUCAUGAUGUUCCUGAGUCUACAGCCUCCAUUUUUGCCUUUGUAGAGUUGGUGCGAGCACAUAUGCAGAGUGCAAAGGAAUCUGGGCCUACACUGGUACAUUGCAGCGCAGGCGUGGGCCGCACUGGCACUUUUAUUGCCCUCGAUUGGCUCCUGCAGCAGCUGAAGCAUGAGAAAGUGGUAGAUGUGUUCAAUACCAUUUACAGUCUACGGAUGAACCGCCACCGGAUGAUUCAGACUCUGGGACAGUACAUUUUCCUACACAACUGCAUCCUUGAGAAGAUCUCUGAAGACCCGCUCAUUGGCCUGUCUGGGGUGGAGCUCUCCCACCCAGUCCCUCUCAAGAAUUUUGUUCAGCACCAUGCAAAGAACAGUUCCAAGGCCAACACUGGCUUCCUGAGGGAGUAUGAGCAGCUGCUCUUGGAGGCUGCAAAAGAGGAAGUCAGUCCGUCAGUGUCACUUUCCAGCCGUGGCAACGAACAGAUCCAUCUUGGCUCAAGCAAGAACUCUUAUGACCACUCGAAAGUGAAGUUUUCACAGCUGGAUCGAGAUCCCUUCUCAGACCUCACAAACGUCUGGUUCAUCCCUGGCUGCAACUCAGCUAAGGACUAUAUAGCUAUAGAAGGACCUGACAAACUGGCUCUGGAGGAAUUCUGGGGACUGGUCUGGGAACAUGGAGUCCACACCAUCAUCACUCUACUACCUGGGCAGAUGAAUAGCCCGGUUCCAGACAACUCAUGCUGGCCCUCCGAGGGUGAACCUGUAUGCACAGAGAUGUUGACCAUACAGCAAGGCCCAGAGAAGGUCAUUUCUGGAUGGCCAUGCAUUCAACUCAGACUGAAAUAUGAGAAAAAGGCGAAGGAAAGACUGCUGCAACGGUUCCGGUUGCAACUGGAGGAAGAAGAGGAGCUGCCAGACCCUGAGAUCUUGGUGGGCUUCCUCACCACUGUCAGGCAACUAGUACCAUAUCGGAAGAGAACCAGCCCCUUGGUCCUGCAUUGCAAUUCAGGUGGUGUGGGCCAGAUUGGAGUGCUGAUUGCUCUGGAUACUCUGCUGCAGCAACUGAAAGGAGAGAAAAGUGUGGAUGUAUAUGGUGUGGUUCUGAGGCUGGUGAGGAGUUGCUGUCUCAUGACUCCAACACUGGAUAAGUACAUUUAUCUGUAUGAAUGCAUUCGUGACAUCAUCACCCAGAAACAAGUUUAGGCCCUGGUCAUCACUCUUCGUUAGAUGGGUGAAAUACAAAGCACAGCAGUGUUGUAGGCAUAACCUGAAUGGAGGUGAUCCUGUGCAGAAAUGGGCAGUUGCAUCUUAGCCUGCACAGAAGAAGAAAUAACGAGAGUCAAGAACAGUGAGCUGCCUAUACUAUUCCUGUCUCCUGUUAAAUCUGCUGUUGAAAAACUCCAGUCACUCAAGGCACAGGUAUCCAUGCAUCGCCUUAAUCAAGAUACUUUGUUUGGGAUGAAGGGGAAGCCUUCCUGAGUUUCCUAGCCCGUGUUCAGCAUUUUUGGAACCAGAUGAUUCCCUUCCCAUACACUGAUAGAAUUUAUGGGCACCACAAGAAUGGAAGCAAGAGGUCUUAUCAAGAAUGGCAACAUUCAGGAUAACUUGUGCAAUUCUAGAUGUUUCAUGCCAGAAAGAGAUGUUGCUGGAGAAGAUACAUAAAAAGGUGACAGGCAGGCCAGUCCAUUGGUCCUGCAUCUCUCCUACCACCUGCCUAAUAGUUCCUAUUUUUGGCCCUUACUGCAACAGUUUUGUACAGUUAUCAGCUAUGCCAAUGUAAUCAUGGUGUCAGAUUGGUAUGAGCCCAGAUCCCAACAUGUCUGUGAGACCUCUUGCACAAGCAGACUAAGACUGCAAUCUAAUACUCACUUACCUGGAAGUAAGUCUGAGUAGGCAUGUAUUGAAUUGCAGCCUUAGGCAGUAUCCCAUUCUCAUCUAUCUGGCAUGAAGUCAAGACUAGGAUACCACUGAAUAAAUUGGAGUAUCUUCACAAAAGUACAGCGAAAAUAAACAUGGAUUAUCGUCCAUGUAGAAUCAAAAAGUUUAAACUGUUGGCAGCUUCUUUAAAAAGAGAAAAAGAAAAAAUUAUAAAAUCGUAUAUGAUGUAUGAAGAGAGGAUGUAGAAAGCAUAUUCAAUCAGGACAAAAUAAUUUUGGUACCCUGUCUAUUCAAACCAAUAGGAAACUGGUUUAAGGUCUCACCAAGAAAUGACUUCUUUGCACAGUGUAAAAUAACUUAUGGCAUUCAAUGCCUAGGGGAGUUGUCUGCAUAAGUGUUGAUGCAGUCUGCAGUUCUAUACCAGUUACCUGAGAAAGCUCCAUUGAACUGAAUAGAAUUUACCUUUGAGAGGACACGUAUAGGAAUGUAAUACAUGAGAUAAAUUAAUGAAUGAUAAGUAUAUCCAGAGAUGAAAGUAUAGAGCAGGGAUACCCAAUGUGGUGGCCCUCCAGAUAUUGUGGACUACAACUCCCAUCAGCCCUAGCCAGUGGUAAGGGAUGGUAGUAAUUGUAGUCCAGCAAUAUCUGGAGGGCACCAUGUUGGCUACCACUGGUAUAUAGAGUGAAUACAGAAGGUGGAUACAACCAUUUUGCCCUACUUGUGAGUUUCUGCAGAACAUGUGGGUGCCCACUGUUUUGAGGUUUUUUUAAAGUGAGCUAGGAGCACUAUUAGUUUUAUUCAGCAUGUUUUUAUAACAGGUCCUUGAUCUAUACUAUGCCCUUCAAGAACCUUCAAGUCCUGCAGAUGGGGGGGAAAGCCCCCAGCACCUUCAGAUUCUCUUCAGUUCCACUCCACUCCCCCUGCUGGCUCUUGAUGCCUGGGCCUCAGUUAGAUCCCCUUCCUGUGGUAGCGUUUUAGCCAAGACACAUGGCAAAAGCUACUGUUCCCUGCCUGGAAGGAGAGAUUUCAGGUACACAGCUAGGCCCUCUUGAGAGCUGAGUCUGUCCUCUUACAAACUCUGACUAAAAUGUAGCAAUCCUUUCACUGUUUCUUGGGAGUAACCUUCAUUGCACUUAAGAUGCAUCCAAACUCAGAGGAAGGCAAUGGUAAACCACCUCUGAAUACCUCUUACCACGGAAACCCUAUGAACAGAGUAUCCAAAAUACAACACGAGAUAAUGCUGGAAGAUGAGACCCCCAGGUCAGAAGGCACUCACCCAGCUACUGGGGAAGAACAAAGGAUCUGAACAGGGUGGUUCAUGACAGAUACUCUUGGAGGUCACUGAUUCAUAGGGUUGCCAUAAGUUGUAAUCGACUUGAAGGCAUAUAACAACAAUAACAAACAUCUGAGUAAACAUGCAAAGGAGUACAUUGCAGGCCUAUUUUUGCCUCUCAAAGGACCAAUCAACAGUGUCUUUUCAUCCUAAAACAUUCUUUAGUAAAUUUGACUCCCAUCCCACCCCCACCACUCCCUCCUGCUUUUGACUCCCCUCGUACCCAAUUUUUCCUCCUUUUGGUUGGCUCACUCCCAACAAAUGGCCAUUUAGUUUUUAAAAGGGGAUUGAGGAGUGAGCUAAAGAAAUGUACUGUUAUAAAUGGAAAUGAGUUUCCCCAGUUUCUCUGAAACAGGAAAAAAGGGGAAAGUGGGUUUGUAAUAAUAAAUUAUUCAUUAAAGAUGAUAUUUUGCA